CUCUCCAGGGCAACCAUGAAGUGCCUCGUCCUGCUCCUUUGCCUUGCUCAGCUCUGUGGCUGCCACUCUGUCCCGCAUGGCCCGAUUCUGGGUUAUAGGGAACCAGCCUGUGAUGACCCAGAAACAGAGCAAGCAGCCCUGGCAGCCAUGGACUACAUCAAUAAGCACCUUCCUCAUGGCUACAAGCACAUCUUAAACCAGAUUGACAGUGUGAAGGUGUGGCCUCGGCGGCCCACGGGAGAGGUGUUUGACCUUGAAAUAGACACACUGGAAACCACCUGCCAUGUACUGGACCCCACCCCCCUGGCAAACUGCAGCGUGAGGCAGCUUAUAGAGCACGCCGUGGAAGGAGACUGCGAUUUCAAUGUGCUGAAACAGGACGGACAGUUUUCCGUGUUGUCUGCAAAAUGUGAUUCCAGUCCAGACUCGGCCGAGGACGUGCACAAGGUGUGUCCAGACUGCCCCCUGCUGGCCCCGCUCAACGACAGCCGGGUGGUGCACGCAGUAGAGGCCGCGCUGGCUGCCUUCAACGCCCAGAAAAACGGCUCCUACUUACAACUUGUGGAAAUUUCUCGGGCUCAAUUUGUGCCUCUUCCAGCUUCUGUCUCUGUGGAGUUUGCAGUGGCUGCCACUGACUGUGUUGCUAAAGAGGUCGUAGACCCAGCCAAGUGCAACCUGCUGGCAGAAAAGCAAUAUGGCUUCUGUAAGGGGACAGUCACUGAGAAGGCUGCUGGUGGGGAAGAUGUUGCAGUGACCUGCACGGUGUUCCAUACACAGCCUGUGCUCCCACAGCCCCAACCAGACGGCGCCGAAGCAGGGACCCUCCCCCCUGCACCGGGCUCGGCUGGGCCAGCGCUUUCUCCAGCUGGCCUGCCCGCGGCCUCCCUGGUGGUGGGACCCAGGGCCGUGGCAGCUCCCCUGAUCCCCACAUCGCCCGCGCACUACGACCUGCGCCACGCCUUCUCGGGUGUGGCCUCAGUGGAAUCAUCCUCAGGAGAAGCGUUUCACGUGGGGAAAACACCCAAGGUGGCGCAGCCUAGCAUUCCUGCUACUGAAGGUCCAGUUCCAGUGGUCCGCCCUUGCCCCGGGAGAAUCAGAUACUUCGAGAUCUAG